AUGAUGAGUCAGUUGUCCCAGUUGCUGAUGGGAAGAGUGGAUAAGGGAAAGGGUCCUAUGGAUAAUGUGGGAGAAAAUAAUGAAGACCCUCAAUAUCCUUCUGGCUUCACUCCUAUACACGUACAGACACAACAUGAGAUUAAUUUGCAGAAACCAUCUGUUACGAUCAGGCCUCAGCAGUUUCAGGCUAGGGUUUCAGUGUCAAUGAAUUUUCAAGCUAGUUCAGGUUAUAAUCCUAGUAAUAAUUCGAAUAAUCCCAUGGUCCCUGAUUUGGAUGAGGUUGCGAAGGAGGAAAGAAAUGAAGUGAACAAUACAAACGUGGGAUAUUUAAAGUCUAUUACUGUGAGUCAACCAAAAGCGGCAACUGCCGGUCAAGUUUCAUCAAGGCAAGAGUCAGGAACUAGGCAGAAUAAUGAGAAGAUUCAAUUUACACCAAUUCCCAUGACAUACAAAGAGUUAUAUCAGAGUUUGCUCGAUGCACAUAUGGUGGCACCUUUUUACUUAAAGCCAUUACAGCUUCCGUUCCCUAAAUGGUAUGAUACUAAUGCUCAAUGUGAGUAUCACGCAAGAAUUGUGGGUCAUUCGAUAGAAAAUUUCACUACUUUUAAGAAGCUGGUUGAGAGAUUUAUCAAUAUGGGCAUUGUGAAAUUCGAUAAUAUUCCCAGUACUGAAAAUCCACUACCUAAUCAUACUAAUAAAAGGGUAAAUACAAUAGAUGGAGGUAUUGGAAAAAGGACCAAGAGGGUUGUUUCAGAAGUAAAAACUCCUUUGAGACGAGUUUGGAAAGAGAUGGCAAGAAGAGGGUUAGUUACUUCAAACACAGAAAGAAAUGAUGAUGGGAUAGAGAAUUAUUGUGAGUUCCAUCAUAAAGAGAGACACAAAAUUCAAGAAUAUGAAGAAUUCAGAGCUGUUAUUCAAGGCCUGAUGGACAAAAAGGAAAUGGAGUUUUAUGAUGAGGUCAAUGAGGAGGAGUAUAUAUGUGCGCCAGAAUCCACAUCAAGUCCAAGAGUCAAUUAUCCUGUGGUCAUUAUCUCGUGUCCUAAGAAUGAAGCAGGAGUUCAAAUGGCGCCAAAGAUUAUAAUUCAGAGGCCGGUAGUUUUUUCUUACAAGGAUAGUAAACAAGUUCCCUGGAACUAUGAUUGUACUGUGACAAUCCCAGGAAAGGAGAGUUCAGCUAGCCCGUUAAAGGAGGAUCAAAAUAUAGGCUCUCACACACGCAGUGGAAGACGAUAUGAUACCCGAAUAGAACUGGUGAAAGAAAGAGAUGUGCUGGUCGAGCAAAAGAAAGAAAAAGCGGUUGAACUUAAUGUGCCUGUUAAUGAACCAGUGAAAGAAGAAGAAGUUAAGGAAUUCCUGAAAUUUCUGAAACAUAGCGAGUACAGUGUGAGUGCAUUGAUGAAGGUGCUAAACGAGACAUAUGUAACCAACGAUAUUUCCGUCAAUAAGUUGGAUCGGUUAGUUAACAACAUAAGUGUAGACAACUUCAUCUUUUUCAAUGAUGAUGAGAUUCCACCAAGAGGAAUGGGAUCUACCAAAGCUUUGCAUAUAACUACCAAAUGUAAAAGAUACACGUUGCUAGGGAACAUAGUACGAGCAUUUGAUGGCACGGAGAGGAGAGUCAUGGAGAGAAUAGAAGUACCCUUGUUAAUUGGCCCAACCACGUAUGAGGUAGAUUUUCUAGUAAUGGAUAUUAAGCCCUCUUACAACUGUUUAUUGGAAAGACCUUGGAUACACUCAGCAGGGGCAGUACCUUCAUCAUUACAUCAAAAGCUAAAGCUGGUAUCAGAAGGGCGGUUGGUAACGAUAAAUGCUGAAGAAGAUAUUAUCGUGACUGUAAGCAGUGAUGCGCUGUAUGUAGAGACGGAUGAGGAAGCCAUUGAGUGUUCUUUUCAGUCUUUGGAGUUUGUGAAUGUAACAUUCAUUACUGAGGGAAGUAGAAUUCUAGAGCCAAAAAGUCCAAAACUACGAUGA